AUGACGUCACAGUGGAUUCAGCAUCAGGAAUCUGAUGAAAUUGAGAAACCGCACACAGGUGAUAAAUGUGGGAUGACCUUCAUCGAGGUCUGUGAGCACCAGAUCAUUGAUAUACUAGAUAAGACCUAUGAAUGCAGUCAGUGUGGGCAAAAAUUAGAUAAAAUGUUCAAACUCAAUGAACAUUAUCAAAAAGCUCAUAAAGGACAAAAACUAUAUAAAUGCUUGGAAUGUGGCAAAGCUUAUCAUACUAAAUCAUACCUCAAGGAACAUCAGAAAACUCAUGUGGCACAGAUGCCCUGUGUAUGCAGUGAAUGUGGGAAAGGCUUCACCAGGAAGAGUGAUCUCACGGCUCAUCAGCCAAUUCAUACUAGAGAGAAACCCCAUGUAUGUACUAAAUGUGAAAAAGCCUUUAUCAGGAAGAAGUACCUCACUAUUCAUCAGAAAAGUCAUACUGGGGCGAAACCCCAGGAUCGUUACCAUGUAGCUGUCAUGAGUGUGGAUAAAGAUUUACCUGUGUUUCUAAGUUUUCUUGAUAAAAACACAAAAUUGGAAAAGCUUUAA